CCCAAACACUAACGUACACAUGUAACUGGUUGUGUGAAGGGAAAUACGAUACCCGCAAGCGAGGGCUUCAUCGACAUCGUGUCUUUCAGUUUGUGUCAUCUAUACUUUUCCAGUUGUGCUGUAGCAGCUUUACUUUGGGUCUUAUCCAUUCAUUGUAUGCUGCUCUGCAUUUGGAGAGGCUCAUCCUUUUCCUGUGCACCAAGGCGACUCUUGAGGCCUGUUAUCCACAAUCAUCAGAGGCCCCGUCCAAUUUUCUUCUUCUUGACCAAGUCAUUCACUAGUGAAACCAUCAUGUCAGACAAAAAGCGUAAGGCACCAUCUGCUGCUGCUGGUAAGGAGCCCAGUGCCAAGCAGCAGAAGCUGGCUCCCAGCAAGGAGGAGAAGAAGGAGAGAGCUGCUGGGUGGCUGCAGGAGCUUGUGAAGCAGCAGAGGUCAGAGAAGAAGGAGAUGAAGUUUAACAAAAAGCGCCUCCGCUUUAUAUCUGACACUGAAAAGGUAAAGCAGGGCUCGGAGGGUGUCCUGUAUUGGAUGUUAAGAGACCAAAGGGUACAAGAUAACUGGGCGCUGAUCCACGCUCAGCAGCUUGCUGUGAAGGAAAACCUUCCUCUGCACAUCUGUUUCUGCUUGGCUGUGCCAAAAUCAGAAUUGUCCACCUUGAGACAUUACAACUUUCUGCUGAAAGGUCUGGAAGAAGUUGCAAAGGAAUGUAAAGCCUUAGACAUCCAGUUCCAUUUGCUCCAUGGUUCACCAGGGGAAGUUCUCCCUGGUUUUGUGUCUGACCGCAACCUGGGGGCAGUGGUGACAGACUUCUCCCCCCUCAGAGAGCCAAUAAAGUGGUUGGAGGACGUCAAAAAGAGCCUUUCAAAGGACAUUCCCCUCAUACAGGUUGAUGCCCAUAAUAUUGUUCCUUGCUGGGUAGCAUCACCUAAACUUGAGUAUUCCGCCAGGACUAUCAGAGGAAAAAUCACCAAUCUUUUACCAGAGUUCCUCACUGAUUUUCCUCUGGUAGAGAAACAUCCUCACACAGCUACAAGAACAGCCAAAGCAAUAGACUGGGACAAAACCCUGGCCUCCCUACAGCUCGACAGAAUUGUAGGAGUACCGGAGUGGGCUAAGCCGGGCACCAAGGGAGGGAUGGCCACGUUGGAGUCCUUCAUUGAUGUUCGCCUCAAACUGUUUGCCACCCAACGCAACGACCCAAAUGCUGCCGCCCUCAGCCAGCUCUCUCCCUGGAUCCGCUUCGGCCACCUGUCAGCUCAGCGUGUGGCGCUGCAAGUUCAGCGCAGUGGGAAGAACGCGGGUCAGUCUGUGCCCUCCUUCAUUGAGGAGCUGGUUGUGCGCAGGGAGCUUACUGACAACUUCUGCUUCUACAACAAGAAAUACGACAGUGUGGAAGGAGCAUAUGAGUGGGCUCAGAAGACCUUGAAAGAUCAUGCCAAAGAUAAAAGGGAGUAUCUCUACAAGCGAGAGCAGCUGGAGAAGGCAAAGACGCACGACAAACUCUGGAACGCAGCUCAGUACCAGAUGGUCACUGAGGGAAAGAUGCAUGGUUUCCUGAGGAUGUACUGGGCCAAAAAGAUUUUGGAGUGGACUUCCUCACCAGAGGAGGCUCUCUCCAUUGCCCUAUACCUUAAUGAUCGCUACGAACUGGAUGGACAGGACCCUAACGGCUUUGUUGGUUGUAUGUGGUCUAUUUGUGGCAUCCAUGAUCAGGGCUGGGCUGAGAGACCUGUUUUCGGAAAGAUCCGCUUCAUGAACUACAAAGGCUGCACUCGGAAGUUUGACGUAGCCCAGUUCGAGCGGAAGUACUGUCCCAAAAACCUCUGAACCAUAAAAUGUUUUGAAGGAUGGGAAUAAAAUGCCUCUUACAUCUCCUACACCUUUACCUCAGGGAGUGUUUGUACAGCGGGUUAGGGUUACAUCUUUUUCUUUUCUCUGCUCUUUGCUGCUUUUUUAUGGCCAAAAUAUUCAGUAUGUUGUUGUUCAGUUUGUUGUUUUAUCUGAGACAUGACUGUAACUUGAUUUGUGGUAGUUUACUGUUUUGUGUGAUGUAUCAUAACUCUAAAUAAGAUGAUCUAUGGUGCCUGGUUAGCAGAAAGAGCUGUUCACUUUGUUUUUGUGCUACUUUGAUACUGAACUACUUUUUGUUUUUUUAACUUCUGGUUUUUAAUGUAAAUUUUAUUUUACAGAACAUGCCCUGUUUGGGGUUACAGUAGCCCCUCUCACACACUGGCUGCUGUAUUGUACAUUGUGGUAUAUUGUAUAAAAUUACACACUGGGGCAGCAUAAAGUUGCCUUCAUAUGGUUCUGUGUAAACAACCUAAGACAGCCUUCUCGAGGGAAUUCUUAGUGCCAGUACUGCGCAAUCUCAGUGUAAGAGAGGCUAGUGUGUCUUUUAGAGAAACUUAUUGAAUUUUACUCUUUUUUGUAAGAAAAAAAACCUCUUUUCAUAUCAAACUGUAAACAAAGUUAGAGUUAUAAACUUUUCCAGUUUCCUAAUGCUACAGUGUCUUUAUUCGUUUACAGUUCUCCCAGGCUCACUUGUUUGUGAGACCUGAAAUACAGUUCAAGUUGCUUUUAACAGACUUGAUUUGAUUUUUUAUUUUUUUUAUUUUUUUUUUACACAAUAGCAUACACCCAUCUGUAGUCCCUUAAAGCUGAUUGCACUGAAAUUUAAUCCUGAAUUAAACAUAAGAAUGCUUACGUUUACCUUUACCUGCAGGCUUUGAAAUGUUGUCUACAAGCUACAGUGAUAGUUAAAACAUAUGAGCCCACAGAUGCUGUUGUUUUUAUAGAAACACAUUUCAUCAUGAACCUUCAACAAAUGGAUUACCCCAAGAAUAAUUCAUAUCAGAGAAAAGUAUGAUUCUUACUCUGAAUAAAGGAUCAAAAAAAGACAAAUAUGUACAGUACUGCAUACUAGCUCAAAAUGCAUAUUACAUCUGUGUGGUUUUGUUGCUCACUGAUGUAAUUGAGCACAGAAACAAAAACCACUUCUACCCAACCUAAUUAACUCGGUGGUAGAUAAAAACAAUCCCUUCAGGUAAGGACACACUUAACAUAGAUUCAGAAAAUACAAUAUGAAACCUCCUCUAUGCUGUGGGUUCUUUUAUUGUGUUAGUUCAUUUCACGGGUGAGAGAUACACUAUAUAUGCUAAUUAGCUGAAACAUUCAGUAAAUGGUUAUAGGGACCAUAUACUGGAUGCAUGUCCUCACAGUUUCUUUCACAUUACAUGCUCUCAUAGAUUAACAGUUACAGUUACUAAAAAGAGAAAAUGUAAUGUAAAUUGAUUUGAUAGUAAUCUGUGGUGCAACCCAGCGUGCUCCUUUAACCAGACCAAUGAUAGAUUUCUGCUGCAGAGCAGUGUGGAUAUACAAACAGACAAAGAUGUCCAUGUUUAGAUGUUCUUCCAGUGCAACUGUAAACAGUGGUGCCAUGGUUUAUGGUAAAGAGUGUUAAAAUCCGGUGCUGAAACAAUGGGCCCUCUGGAAAACCAAUAUUUCUCUUCAACACAGAACAUCAUAUGAACACCGGAAGGAACUGCACCAACUGGAGUGUUUUUGAAGUCACAACUGGCAACCUGGAUGAACUCACUGACACUGCAACAUCUUCCAUCAGCUUUUGUGAUAGAGGACCUUCUGCACAUACAACAAGAGAUGAUGGUCUGUCAGGUCAAGGAGGAUGCCUGCAUAAGUGUGGAUAGAGCCCUGCACAAGUGGCCCAGGAACUCACUGACAAAGGAACUCAGAGAGGCUGAAAAAAGCCACACUGAAAAGGUGACCAAAAAGGUUUUCAGAGAAUGACUCUGCAUGGGUAUAUACUGUAUAUAUCUCUUAUCUUGUAUAUUAUCUGUAUAUUGCUGGUAUAUGGUAAUAUAUGGUAAUAUGAGUGCAUACUAUGUAGACUGUAUAUAUCUACAGUGCUUGAGAGUCACCUUUGUGUGUAUUUUAAUAUACUAGACCAAUAAAUGUGACUCUGAUGAACACUGA